UAGACAGAGUCAAAUAAAAAUGUCAAUUAUUGACAAAAAUAACCAAAAUAACCAUGUCCAUUGUCCCAAAGAGCAUUGCCCAUGCUCACAAUUUGAACUGUAGGGAUUUUAAACACAAAUAAUCAUGAGGAGAUUUUGAUUUGAUAUCCAACAAUUCCAAAAAAUAUGGUUUCCAUUCAUAGUGUCAUGUCAUCUAACAUAUUAUUAACGUACAUAAAGACAGGGAGUAUUGAGCUAUUCGAGCAUACAAAAUGUGGGGACAGUAGCCUGUCAGCGAUACCUACCAUCAUGUGGACGAUCGGCUCAGCGGCGGUCGCACAUUUGAUGUUAUCGGCGCUGUUCCGGAGAUCUCUCUUCCGGCGGGUACCUCUGUGGGAAGUCACUUUACAGAAUCUCCUGUUCCUGUGGAUGGUAAUGUACAGCGUCCAGUUUUGGGUUGUCAUCGUGCACGUAGUCAAAUUCCUCGUCAAAUAUUGUUAUGAAACCGACAAUUCAAUGCCAACAAUGGAUGAUAUAGAGAAUGAGAAGUACAUACAGCAAUGGAUCAUCUGGAUAUGCGCAGCGCUGCCGCUGGCUCUGUACAUACACAUGCGGCCAAAGCCAGUACCGCCACCACUCAUGAUAUGGAUAACCACACACCCCUGGCAGCGCCGCGAGAUGGGCGCCUACGGCUACUACCUCACCCGGCCGCCGUCCUUGCACGUGCCUGCAGACUCCGCGCAAGAGCGAGCCCUGGCGCUCCGGAAAGCCUACAGCGAUUCCACCACGCCGCUCGACAGAGAAUCACUCAACUUGAAGAAGAGGAGAAAUUCCAAAUCUGUAUAAAUUCCAAAAUAAAAGAUUUUGUAACU